UUCGUUCGACUGCCUCGCCACAGAGAACAAACUGUACGACGACGACGGUGUGUGCGCGAGAUUUUGGUGGUAGCCUACAAAGAGCGCGUUCGCGAUACGUUUUAUGUUAUUUUGACCCUGGUGCAAAGCGCGGAUCCGAAAUACACGGAACUCUCCAAUUGUGAAAGCGUCAGCUAAAGGAUUUCAUCGGAACAGAAGGAUGUCGGAUUCGAUUACUACGGAGUCAGUGGCCCCAGCAGCGGCUGCACCAGCCCCGGCGGAAGCUGAAGUGAAAACGCCGACCAAGCGUACGCCAUCGAAGCGUAAGAACGAUGCAUUCCAGAGGGAAAGUGAAGAGUUACUAAAGACCAUGGGCAUGGACCCCUCGGAGGAAGGUGGACGGCGGCUGCGUACUCGGGCCAGUGCACGUGGAAUCAGUGCUCCAGCAACCCCAGCUACUCCCCCGGCCAAGAAAGCUCGUACGGCAGCCACUCCUUCCAAGCGUGGCCGAGGGAAAAAGGAAGAUGACGAUGAGGAGAAGUCGCCGGAAACCGAUACUAAAACACCGAAGAAGCGUGGACGUCCCUCUGCUAAGGACAAGCUCGAUGCUGAUGAAGAGAAGCAUGACGAAGAGGAAGCCGAGGAGGAGAACACUGAUGAGGCAGAUGGCAAGAAGGAAGAAGAAUCAAAGGCCGAGGCAAAUGAUGUGCAUGACAAGACGGAAAAGAAGGAAGACAAAGUUGAUGUUGUUGUAAAUAGCACAGAAAAGGAAGAGGCAUCUAAGGACGAGUCCAAACCGGCAAAAUCAGCUCCGGAAAAGAUGGACGUGGACGAAGAUAAACCCGCAAAGGAACAAAGUCAAGAUGCUAAAAAAGCAGAAUCGACACCUUCGGAAAAGCCAACGACAGAAUCGGCCGCCGCCGAGGAAAAACCGAAACCUGCAGAACCGGAACCUGCCGCCAAGCCAGUGGAAGAAGAUGUACCUGCCCCUCCCGCUGAAGAACCGAAAAAGGAAGCCGAACCUGCCACGGCAGAAGCAACCGUGACGGAUGGUAACGGCAGUUCGACGCCAGCUGCAGAAAAACCAGCUGCUCCGGUGGAUUCAAAGCCUACGCCCAAAAAGGCGGCCCCAGUUGCCAACGAUGUUAGCAGCACAGAGGCGGAAAAGACGAACAAUGACGUUGCACCGGCGCCGGUGGAGGAAACGAAGGUGGAAAAUUCCGCAGAGCCCAAGAUUGUACCAUCGGAGACGACAACGGCCGAACCAACUGCGGCGGCACAGUAAAGAACCGGACGCGUAGUCGUGCUCCUUCUGCACCUACACAGAUAACACACACACACAUACAAAACGUUGAUCAUCAUUUCCUUCGCGCAAUUUACCUUGUUCUAGGAGAUCAUUCAUGAACAACUAUCUUCUUUUCUCGAUACGAUCAGUCCACCCGCAAUUGGCAAAGAAGAGUUCCAAAAGGAAGAAAUCAACGGUUAGAAUUCUAACCCACAACAUACAUCAGCGUCCAACAGAUGUGCAUUUCAGAAAAAAAUUUCUAUCAUUUAAAAUUCUUCUCUUUGUCAGGAAUACAAAAUGCUACUUCUGCGCUGCUGGAUCCUCAAAUACUUGGACCAAAACAAGUAUGCAAUCGGGUCCAGAAGUAGUUAUACCAGCUCACUAUCUUAGUAGGUAUUUGUUUUUUUUUUUCAUUGCGGUAGGAAUUCAAAGUAUGGUUUUAUUUCCUUCUUCAACAAUUUUAUAAAAUUUGAAACAAUUUGUAGAAGUGCAGCACGAGUAUUGAAGAAACUUAUUACGGAAUAAGAUGUACGAUUUCUACACACCUGAGACAGAUUCGAUCCAUUGGAAUGUGGCAACAGAUCGAUAGCAUUAGGGCAAUAUUGAUGUUUCGUUUUUCAGUUUUGUUUUAUUGUUCAGAUGGAAGGAAAUAGAAUUUAGUAGAACAGAUUGAGAGAUCACUGUGAAGUAUAUAGAUGUUAAGCGCAAACAACUUAGAUUCUGACCUGGAAAACAAUUUAAAUGUAGAAUUUUUAAUUUGCUGAUUUCUUCAACCUCCACCACAGUGUAAUGUAGUGGUUAGUAAAGAUGACACCUGAAAUACUAUCUAACUUGUUGGAGUUAUUUCUGCUGUAUCUUUGCUACCUGAACUUGAUGUAACGAAUCCAUAGUACGGCUGGUUAAAACAGGGGGCAAAAUAGUUCGGUUUUUAGCCUCACAAAAAGAGUUUUUUUUCUGUAUUUAAUUUCUUCAGGCGAAAACAAGGAUCUUAAAGAAUUUCAGAUUAAUAUUUUUGCCAUCUUAGAGAUAUGAUUUAUACAUUUAACAAAACAAAAAAGAAAACAUUAUUAAAAUGGUAAAAACGUUUGAGAAAUAAACACGCGAGUCUUGGAAAAACAAACAAAAAUGAUAAUCGAUUUUCAUAUUUUUUCGAACUGGCAGGAACCUGAGAACAUACACAUCUACACACAUAUACACAGGCAGACAAACAGGCAGGCACGUUUGCACCACGUAUCGUAUGUAUGUAUGUAUGUACAUAUGUUGUGCAUUGGUGUACGCGAAUGAAACAAAACACAAAGAAAAAAGAUAAGAGAAAAUACAAAAAAUACAUCUUUUUAACUAAUGUAUAGGUUAUUUUAUUAUUGUGUCGUGAAUGAGACCGAAAGAGAUGAUAAAUAUAGAAAUAUGGACAAACAAA